AUGCAGCUCACCAAGGUCUUCACCCUGCUCACCGGCCUGGCCGCCACGGUCUAUGCCUUUGUGAUCCCCGCCGACAACCUCGCGAUCGCACCCACUCCUUGCGUCUCGUCGACCGACACCAACCAGUGCACCCUGUCAAUCUUCACCGACCGCCUGAUGGGCCGUCGUCUCAUGGGACUCUGGAACAACAAGUGCGAGCACAUUGGCCGUGUCGGCACCGAGGAGGACUGGGCUUCUUUCUACGGCCAGUGGAGCAUCGGCGGCCGCGGCCUCAAGUGGACUGCCGAGCUCACCAUCGACGGCGACAAGUAUGGCCAGCCUCUGGGCGGCAUUUGGUACGCUGGUCGCUACACCAACCUUGACUCGGGCGUUCGCUACAACUGCAACGACGACAACAAGGACUCCGAGUGCACUCGGGUCCCUUUCAACUGCAGCUGA